UUCUCAGUGCGCAUGCGCAGGAGACGUGCGCCUCAGCAAACACUUCCUGGUGCGCGGCGCAGGCAGUAAAACCCGAAACUGGGGCUUUUUAUUCGGACACAACAAGUGUGUCCUGAUAUCAGACGUGGACACAUGGACACUCCAUUUACUGUUCCCUAAAUGUCCGACAUGUUUCACCGAAUGUAGAAGUUGUUCUCAUCCAGAGACAGAGAAGAAGAAGCAGAAGAAGACAGGGACGCGCUAGCUAGCCUAGCUAGCCUUAGCCGGCUGUGUCUCAAUCCUCUUUUAAACACUUUUACUAUCAAUUCAAGGACAAGAAGCGACUGAAGAAGAUCCUGAACCAUGCGAGAGUGCUGUCGAGCUUCAUAAGGUGUGAAGUCUCGGCUUGCCUGCUCAUCGUGGAGACCCCAUGGAGCCGGACGUGAUCCACAUGUACUCGUCCUCCCCUCCGCCCUUGGAGGACGGCGCCGAUGAGGACGAAGAGGAGUUUAGCGACUUCACCGGCGUCCCCAACAGCGUCAGUUUCACCGAGUUCGAGACGCCCACCACGUUCAACCAGCUGCAGGCGCUGAACGCCACAUCGCCGCCCGAGUUUAUCGCUAACGGCCGGGUGGUCGGACUUAACAGGUCGAACGGCAGCCAAGGGGAUGCUCCGGCUUGUAGGACUGUUAGUGUGGAGGAGCUGAAAAGGAUUACGGAGCAUCCGCAUGGGGCUUACACAAACUUUUCAGGCCUUCCUGUAAACGCCUGGACUGAUAGCGAAGCCGUGGACUGCAACGGAGGGGGCAACGAACCUCUCACAAAUGGCUUUGCAAAUUUAGGCACAGAGGAAAUUCCUCCAUCACGCCAUAUAUACAGGGAAACGGGUCCCUCGGUGGGUUGCCAUCCAGAUGCAAUCCUCGGUGACAAUGAGGAUUUUGCUGAUUUUGCUGCUUUUUCAAACGCUGACAUUCCCAGCCACAUAGAAGGUGGUGUGAACUGGAAAAACUCGAAUCAUGACACGAGACUUGCACAGGACAACCAACCACAAAGUGAGGAAAAUCAUGGAGCUAGCAUAGCUGGCCAAGCGGUGGACAAUGACAUCAAGGACGAUUGUGUAACAGGGUUUGCUUCCACGCCUUCGGAUCGCCUUAGCAAUGGAGACUGGGGUUUCCAUGGACAAAAGGAUCAGGACACUGAUCACGCACAUCAGGACUCAAACGCUGCUGAGUCCAUUAGCACACAGCAAUCAAUAUCGCAGAACGGAGUGGUGAUGGAUGGGUUGGAGGUUAAAGGGAACACAGAUAACAGGGUGUCCCUCAUCUCCAUGGAUGAGCGAGUCAGCGGCAGCGAGCCAACGGAAGAGAAAGAGUCUGGAAACGACGCAGAAACCGAGACCGAAACAGAAACCUCUUUCGGUAGACCUCUUUCCACGGAGGCGCUCGAGGAAUUUGGGGAUUUCAGUACGACGGGUUCGGUUCCUUCGCCUCCCCUACAGGAGGAGACCGCCACUCCUGCUGAUCAUAGCCAGCUGGCUGAAGAUGAUGACGAGGACUUUGGAGAUUUUGGUGAUUUCGGGGAUGCCAGCUCCUUUGGAGGUGCUGGCUUUGCCGAGUUUGAUCAGCAGGGGGCACAAAACGAUUCUGAAACGGUGCGCACUCACCAGGACGAGUUUGGCGACUUCGGUGCACAUGGACAACCCGGCAAGUCAGCACAAGAAGGCGAAGAGGCGUCGGAAAACGCAGAGUUUCCGGGUAGCGACAGUUUUGCUGACUUUACUUCGGCACCUAUCGAAGGCGGUGUUGAUGAUAACAGUAGGGGGUGGCAGGCGUUCAGCAAGUCGAACGAGGAUGCUGGGGAAUCGUGGGCAGCUUUCGGGCAGGACCAGGACUCGACCUUUUCGGAGAAGAGCAAAGACGACUGGCACGAAAUCCCACCUGUUUCAGCGCCCCCUCCUGGCAACGGAGAAGAGUUCAGGAAAGACAACAGCAUAGUUUCUCUGGUCAGUCGGUUGGAAAAGCUUUUCCUGGCCAGUUUCCUUGAGAUCUCAUUGUCUCACGUCGAGGGGGACGUGCCCUCUCUUAAAUCCUUUCUAGAACCGUGUGAUGGAUCAAGCAAAGAGGAGAAAGAGCCUGUACCAGUCAGUGGGGGAUUGCAAGGCAUCUGGCAGCAGCUGCAAGACAUCCACAAUGCGUUUGGUCUGAGGUAUCAGUGGGGCGGCUCGCACAGUAACAAAGCUCUGCUCUGCUCACUGGGCAUCGACACGCGGAACAUAUUGUUCACAGGUCAGAAGAAGCAGCCGGUUAUUGUGCCCAUGUAUGCAGCCAGUCUGGGAAUGCUGGAACCCACUAAAGAGCCUGUAAAGCCCGUGUCUGCUGCUGAGAUGAUCGCCUCCAUAGCGCAGUCUCCGUCUGUUGCCCCUGAAAUGAGCGCCUGCCCCACCGACGCUGCUCAGGAGUCCCUCCCACCGGUGCAGUUCGACUGGAGCAGCAGUGGCCUUACAAACCCUUUGGAUGCGAGUGGAGGUUCGUCUCUGUUGAAUCUGGACUUUUUCGGCCCGGUGGACGAGUCGCCCUCCAGUGCCACCACUUCCAUACCAGGCGUGGACCCGGAGCUGUAUGAGCUGACCCAGGCGAAGCUGGACGUGAGCGGGGGAAGCAGCCGCGUGGUGGAUGCCUUUACUCGUCUCAUGUCCACCGUGGAGAAGACCAACACUUCUACGAGGCGGGUGCAGACGCAGAAGGAGGAGAAUCUGAGCGAAGAGGCUCGGCGUGUCAUCUCCACACUGCCUGAUCUGUCCUUCAUGCAGGCCAAAGUGCUGAUGUUCCCCUCCACGCUCACUCCUCUUCCUCCAUCCUCCCGUGCCUCCACAUCUCCCUCUCCUGUCCCGGACUGAUCGCUCCGUCUUUCUCUCUUUUUUCUCCACCUCUCUAACCUCACACUGUCUGUUGUUUUCAGUUCACUUUCUCUCCGCUUGUUGGAGUCACUUUAAGUUUUGUUAUUUGAGAGUGUAAAAGACGAGUGAAGACUAGAUGAUGACUGUUCAGUCUCUAGAGGUGAGGACACGUCUUCAUUAGGGAUGCACCCAUCCCAUGAAUUCAGUCAGUUACCAGCCUGAUCAUGUGACAUCAGCACUAUAGGUCACCAUUUUGGGCUUAGUUUUGUGGCUGCACAUCAGUUUCUACCACCGGGGUCUCUUUUUAAAACUAGCCCCGCCCCCUCCGUGUUCCACUCAGCUCUCUUAACUGAUCUCUCUGCCCCAGUCUGCUCCGAUAUCUGCCCCAACUUUAGUUACAAUCUGGAGCUGACCAGCCGUCUCCACCUUACCCUACGCCCUCUGAUGGUGGGGGCAUCAGCUCUGAUGUUUGAAGCUCUUGAAUUUGCCCCGUCCCCAUGAACACAAUGAAACCUCACCUUCUAAGCUAUUUGGAGCACUCAGUUUGGCCCCACCCCCUAAGUUAUUUGAAACCCCACUUGGCCCCACCCCUAUGGAAGUUUUUCCUGGCCCUGCUUUUCAUGUUUUAAAGCUCUCUACUUGGCUCCACCCCCAAAUGCACUGAAGCUCUCAAUGAGCUCUUCACUUGUAUUACACACACACUACACUUACACACUCUGAAGCGUCCCCCCUCCCCCCACGAUUUGAAGACAUGAGCCUGCUCUUCGAUAUACUUUGCGAUAUCGGAUCGGUGCAUCCCUAAUCCCCUGAUGGUCCUAGCUGUGUUUAGAGGAUCUGUGCGUGUGUGUAUAUAAUCAGGGAUAAGAUUUUCUUUUACAUGGGUUAUGUUCAUGGGUCAGUAUGAAUCCCACUCUCUGUGUGUGUGUGUGUGUGUGUGUGUGUGUGUGUGUGUGUGUGUGUGUGUGUGUGUGUGUGUGUGUGUGUGUGUGUGUGUGUUAAAUAUUGCUUUGCUGAGGAAACACUGGUUAAAAUAGAGGAAUAUCAGAAUAGUGGAAAAUAUACAUCAUACAUACAUACAGUCUCUCACAAUAGUAAGUGCACCCCUCACAUUUUAGCAACCAUUUUAGUAUCUUCUCAAGGGACAAUAUUAAAGACAUUAAACUGGAAUAUAUUUUAGAGU